CGCUCAAGUACGGCCUCAAAAUGGCACUUUCGAGGCGCAGGGUGAAGGAGACUGACCAAGUCGGGUUCAUGAUAGCCGCAGGAGCCUAUGUGGAUAUCACGCAAGACCCAAAGAUGUGGAUGUCCAUGGCCAAAGACGCUCAAAAAGAUGAACAGGGGUUCAUCGAAUCCAAAUGGUGGCUGCAUACUCACCCGUUAUACCAAAGCCGAGCAAACCACAUGAAACAUCUGAUGAAUGAGGCCCGAAAACUUUAG